UAUGCCACUGAAAAUGCUUCAAAGGCCACUGAAUUAUGCUACUACGCCCAAGCUGCUCCAAGUUCUAGUUAACUGGCCUUGCAGUUACACCUAAUUCUUUACCCUUUUUUGAAAACAUCUUUAUAAACCCACCUCAUUAAUUCUCACCUAAUCAUAUCCUUGAUUUCCAUCCACACACAACACAUUCCAACUCUUUCUGCUUUGAUUGUACUCCUGUAUAGUACUUUUUGGAUAAACAAUUAACAGAAAAUCGGCCAAGAUAAUUUACUAGCUUGCAGCUUUCGGAGAAAUGGUACAACUGAACAUGCGAGCAACAAUGAUGUCAUCGCGUAUUGGUCAUGACCGAGCUUUGAUUGGUAGGAUACUGGUAUGGAUCAUAUUGGUGGCAGGAACUGCACAUGCAACUCGUAUGCAUCUUCCCGAUAAUAGAUCAGUGGCAAAUACGUCUCUGGGUGGCAGGCGCCGUAGUCUCCUAAACAAUGGCCUUGGUCUUACUCCACAAAUGGGGUGGAACAGCUGGAACCACUUUGGCUGUAAGAUUGAUGAGCAUUUGAUAAGAGAAACAGCUGAUGCUAUGGUGUCGAGUGGCCUAGCAGAUCUGGGGUAUAAGUACAUAAACAUUGAUGAUUGCUGGGCAGAACUCAACAGAGAUUCUCAGGGACACUUGGUUCCCAAAGCUUCAACCUUUCCAUCAGGAAUUAAAGCACUAGCAAAUUAUGUUCAUAGCAAAGGGCUGAAGCUUGGAAUUUACUCAGAUGCAGGAAUUCAGACUUGUAGCAAGACCAUGCCAGGCUCGCUUGGCCAUGAAAAGCAGGAUGCAAAGACCUUGGCCUCAUGGGGUGUUGAUUACUUGAAAUAUGACAACUGUGAGAACAACGGGAUUGACCCAAAGGAAAGGUACCCUAAGAUGAGUAAGGCCCUACUAAAAAGUGGCAGACAUAUAUUUUUCUCCCUAUGUGAAUGGGGACAAGAAGAUCCAGCAACUUGGGCCCCAAGUAUUGGAAACAGUUGGAGAACAACGGGUGACAUUCAAGAUACAUGGAAUAGUAUGAUAGAUAUAGCAGACAAAAAUGACAAAUGGGCAUCAUAUGCUCGUCCCGGAGCAUGGAAUGAUCCGGACAUGCUUGAAGUUGGUAACGGAGGGAUGACUAAAGAGGAGUAUCGUUCUCACUUCAGCAUAUGGGCAUUAGUAAAGGCUCCUCUGUUGGUUGGAUGUGAUGUGCGAUCAAUGGAUCAGGCAACUCUUGAACUGCUAAGAAACAAGGAGGUCAUUGCUGUCAAUCAAGAUAAGCUAGGCGUUCAAGGGAGAAAGGUAAAGAAAAAUGGUGAUCUUGAGGUAUGGGCUGGCCCAUUGACUCAGAGGAGGAUGGCUGUUAUUCUAUGGAAUAAAGGAUCUUCAUCAUCAAAUAUUACUGCUUAUUGGUCUGAUAUAGGUCUUAAGCCAACAACUAUAGUGGAUGCUCGGGACUUAUGGAGGCAUUCAACUCACCGUGGUGUCAAAGCUCAGCUUUCUGCUCAAGUUGAUUCGCAUGCAGUUAAGAUGUACAUCUUAACACCCCACAUGUGAGAUUUCCUCCACCUGUAGACCAAGCCAAAUAGAUCACGUAAAAGCAAAUCUUCUUGUAUGAUCAACAGGGAGAGGAAAAGAUGAUUCAAUAACUAGGAAAACUGACCUAUGCAAAACACGUAGACAGUGUUUCACAUUGUAUACUAUAUAAGUUAUGUUUAUGGGCAGUAUCUUCAAUUCAGAUAACAAAAGUGAGAUUCAACUAAAUUACUCCUAAUUCUUGGAAAUCAAGAAUUAUACUACCUCCGGUUUUUUUUAUGUGCAA